AUGGGGCUACAGCGCCAGGUUUUCAUCAUAAUUGGGGUGCUUUUUCACUUCUACUAUCUCUGGCUGAUAUUUGACAUCUACUUCGUGUCUCCCUUAGUACAUGGGAUGGCACAGCACAAGUCUACUCUGGACCCACCUGCGAAACGGCUUUUCCUAAUUGUGGGCGACGGAUUGCGGGCAGACAAGACAUUCAAAAGGCUCGAACACCCCACCUCAGGUAGGCAGGAGUAUUUGGCGCCUUACCUUAGAAACCUAGUUGAAACCGAGGCCACAUGGGGUAUUUCGAACACAAGAAUGCCUACGGAAUCAAGGCCUGGGCACGUGGCCAUGAUUGCUGGCUUCUACGAAGACGUGAGUGCUGUGACAAAAGGAUGGAAAGAAAAUCCGGUAGACUUUGACUCCUUUUUUAACCAGUCGACCCACACAUACUCAUUUGGCCUGCCAGAUAUCUUGCCUAUGUUUGCCUACGGCGAAAAUGUGGUGCCUGGCAGAAUCGACGUGUGUAUGUACGGACAUGAAUUUGAAGAUUUCACACAGAGCUCUAUCGAGUUGGAUUCUUUUGUGUUCAAGCAUUUCGACGAGCUUAUGGAGAGUUCUAAAACCAACAGAACGCUACGCGACGAGUUGCACCAAAAAGGCAAUGUGUUUUUUCUCCACUUACUUGGUCCUGAUACUGCAGGCCAUGCGUACCGGCCAUACUCCGCAGAAUACUACGACAAUAUCAAAUACAUAGACGCAAAGCUAUCCAAACUCGUCCCGGCAAUCCACGAGUUUUUUGGCGAUGAAGAGUCUGCGUUUGUAUUCACAGCUGACCAUGGAAUGUCAGAUUUCGGGUCGCAUGGAGACGGACAUCCAGAUAAUACUCGUACGCCUCUUAUAGCUUGGGGCGCAGGAGUCAACAAGCCUGUGUUGGCAUCCGAGAACCGCAAGUUGGAACAGGCUCCCUUAGCCAGUGGGUACGAAGAAGACUAUUUUGACACAUGGGGUUUCGACCACUUGGAGCGCCACGAUGUGCGACAGGCCGACAUAGCGUCUUUGAUGGCGUACUUGAUCGGCGCUAAUUACCCCGCAAACUCUGUGGGCGAGUUGCCCUUGGCGUACAUUCAAGGCUCUUCUUUAAACAAGAUUAAGGCGCUCUACGAGAACGCAUUAGCCGUGGUUGAACAGUAUGUUGUCAAGGAAAGCGAGGUUUAUGACCACCAGUUCCGCUACAAACCAUUUGACCCUUUCACGGAAAAGCCAAUCGCCGUGUAUAAGCAAGAAAUCGAGGCGCUCAUCACAUCGAUCGAAGACGGGGCACCAAACGCCCCUGAGCUUAUUAAUGAGGCUGUUGCGAUGACAGAGCUGUUGAUGAAAUGUGCUUUAGAUGGGCUAGGCUAUCUUCAAACAUACAACUGGCUCCUCUUGCGGUCAAUUGUCACGCUUGGAUUUUUCGGCUGGAUCACUUAUUCAUUCACUGUUUUCUUGAAAUUGUUUAUCUUGAACGAGUAUGAACAGCCAUCACACUCAAAGACUCUUCUUCCCGCGUUUGGUGCAAUUGCAAUUGGAAUUAACUACUUGCUAUUUUACCAAAACUCGCCGCUCAACUACUAUAUGUAUGCUGCUUUUCCGCUCUUUUUUUGGUACACAAUUCUUAACGAACGAGCAUUGUUUACUGAGGGCUUGGGUCAACUUUUCUUUGGAGUCUCAAAUACCACUAAGGCGUUCACGCUUGUUUGUUUUCUCGGCAUGUAUGAAAGCAUUGUCUAUGGUUUCUUUGAUAGGAACAUGUUCUCAAUUCUUUUCUUUCUUGUGGGAUUGUAUCCUUUCUUUGUCGCCAAGCCAUUGUAUCUUCACACAAAGUUACUUUGGUUCACAAGCUGUAUAAGCAUGUGCACCUUCACGAACUUAGAUGCUGUAAAAACAGAGAGCUUGAUGCAAAUCAACUUUAGUGCAGCCGCAUCUUUCAUGGUGGGUGUCUUAGCAGCUCAGAAAGUCUUCAGAAGAAACAUUCCACCUAUCUCGAAGUACAUAGUGGGCGCGCAGUUGGUUACUAUACUUGUGAUGACAUGGGCAACUAACAUCUCUGUGUUGUCAUUGCAGGCCAGAAACGGACUUCCUUUUAUGUCUCAGAUCUUGGGAUGGGUGACUUUUGUAACGUCAUUGGUAGUUUUGCCCGGUUUACACACUGUCUGGUCUUCGGCAGAUUACCAAUUGAGGUUGUUGAUUGUGUACCUCACGUUCAUUCCCACUUUCGUCAUAUUGACCAUAUCAUUCGAGCUUUUUUUCUAUGUUGGAUACUCGUUGGUAUUGUUGCAGUGGCUUAACAUAGAAUCACAGCUCAAAUGCAGCAGUGAGAGUAUUACAAACAUUAAAGACAGGAAAAACCAAUUGCCAGAAGGGUAUUGGCUUCAGAUUAUCAGAAUUUCAAUCAUCGGAUUUUUUUUCCUUCAGUUUGCCUUCUUUGGCACUGGAAAUGUGGCAUCAAUCUCUUCCUUUUCCUUGGAUUCUGUCUACAGAUUGAUACCUAUAUUCGACCCGUUCCCAAUGGGAGCAUUACUUAUGCUCAAAUUGAUCAUUCCGUAUGUUUUGCUAUCGACAUGCUUCGGAAUAUUGAAUUUCCAGCUACAAAUUCGGAAGUUCACCAUUUCAACUUUGAUAAUAUCCACUUCAGACUUCUUGUCUUUAAAUUUCUUCUAUUUAGUUAAGACUGAGGGGUCUUGGCUCGACAUCGGUGUCACAAUAUCCAAUUAUGUUUUGGCGAUAAUUUCUUCUUUAUUCAUGCUAAUUCUUGAACUUGUGAGCACGGUUAUCUUGAGAGGGGUUAGGUUCGACGAUGGCGAAACCAAGGCUGAACUCCAGAUCCAAAGGAUAGUAAAUGACGAUGCUCCAGUCAGUUCAAGAAUGAGAAGCAAGAGAAAAACUGAUUGA